AUGAAUCGGAGUAAACAUCCUCGAAGGUACAACUUCAAGUACGACUUCGUCACAUACAAGUGGCCUUCGUGGCUCAACCCACAGAGCGAGAAGCAGCGGCUGAUAUGGGCAUACAAGAUCCUAUUCUUGGAUGUGCUCUUCCCGCAGGACGUGCCGAAGAUCAUCUUCAUCGAUGCUGACCAGGUGGUGCGGGCUGAUGUGAAGGAGCUGUGGGACCUGGACCUUAAGGGCAAUGUCUACGGCUUCGUGCCGAUGGGUGACACGAACCCUGACACAGAGGGCUUCCGCUUCUGGAAGCAAGGCUACUGGAAAAGCCACCUGGGUGGCAAACCGUAUCACAUCUCAGCUCUCUUCGUCGUCGACUUGAUGGAGGUGCAUGAGGGGCAGGCGCCCACAGUGGAGACGCUGUUCCCCAUCGAAGCCGAAGCCCUAAAGUCGCUAAAGCUCCAAGCUGCUACAGUUCCGCCGGACCUCCAUUGGGGAGACGCUGCGGGGCCCACCGAGUGGUUGUGGUGCGAGACGUGGUGCUCGCAGGAGAGCAAGAAGAGUGCCAAGACAAUUGACCUCUGCCAGAACCCGCUCACAAAGGAGCCCAAGAUCGUGAUGGCGAAGCGUAUCAUUUCGGAGUGGCAAACGCCGCCUCCUCGACAACUGCUAAAAUUAAACUUGCGCAACGUGGUAUCCCCCAAAGUACGUAAGUCCUCAUGUCUGUUUCCAGGUGCCGGUCACGAGCCUGUCCAUAACAGAUGUUGA